UUAGGUUAUGUUAUGUUUUGAAUGAACUGAACUGGGCUUGAAACCUAAACUAAAACUUAAAGGUUUCUGUAAAAAAAAUCAUUUGACUAUGUUGAUAUUUACGAUAUUUACACAGUCUUAGAUUGAAGAGUCGGGAAAAGUUACCAACUGUUUCAAAUACUAUAAUAUUAAUCCAUUCAUUUUAGGCUAGGCCUACAUUGAACAUAAGGAUGACUACUACCCUACGAAUCUUGCGAUCUUCGUUGACAUACCAGUUGUGUUGCCGAGGCCUGUCAUCGGAGGCUGCAGUUGCUUUCAAUCCAAGCAAAACAGCUGUUAGGACUUCAGAGAAUGAUCCGACAAAGCAGAGUAAUCAAGACCUUGCGAAACUCUACAACAUGCCCGACGAUGUCAAGAAGCGAUUGUUCCUGAAGAGUGAUAUUCCUAUGUACUUUGAGCGGUUGACCGAUACAUUCUGUGAAACCAGUAUUGUUGUGAGACAACCUGCCCUGGAAUUAAUGGACUAUCUGAAAAGAGCUGAUUACAAUAAGCCUAUCAUUCGUUACGCUUUAUAUGGAAGGUUUGGUAGCGGAAAAACCCUAACCCUACAACAUACCCUCAACUACGCAGCGAACAACGGCUUCGUAAUAGUCUACCUACCAAGUGUUUGGAAAUGGUACCACUGGACCAAAGAAGUAGUUCCCAGUGAACUAGACCCGUCUGUGUUUGACUUGCCUAUGGCUGCUGGAAGUUGGCUCAAACGUUUUGCAAUGACCAAUGAGAAACUGAUUGCUGAUUUGGAUUUGAAAACGACCAAGACCUAUCAAUGGACUCCACGAGAGAAAGCAGAAGAGGGAAGUUCACUAAAUGAAAUGGUCUCAUUUGGCAUCAACAGAGUGAAAUAUGCCUGUCUAGUUGUUGAUGCACUGAUGAACGAGUUAAAAGCUAACGCGUGCAAUGACCAAUGUAAAGUAUUCUUGGCGAUUGAUGGGUUUAACGGCUUUUUUCAAACAUCAUCUAAACUAAAGACAGCAGAGAGAGCUCCAUUCGACCCCACUAGAGCUUCUUUGACUAAAAUUUUUGUUGAGGCUGUGAAAAAUGAUUGGCAUAACGGUGCCGCUGUGUUAGUUAUAGACGAUCAUGCUUGUGUCAAGGGGAAAUAUUCUACUCACUUCCCGUUCCAUCUCUUACAAAAAGAGGGAAUCGAGACAAUAGAUCCAUUUAUUCCAAUUCAUGUUCCACACUACACUCCACUGGAGUUUAACAACUAUCUGGACUACCUUGAGGAGAAAAGAUGGCUUCAAAAACCAGAAGCGAGAGAGGAAAUUGAAUUUGUCACCCAGAGAAACCCGAGAGAGAUCACAACAUACUGCGCUAGCAGAUAGAGCCGUCAAGUCUUAGUAGUGUAAUUAAACCUUGUGUACAAUGUUUACAAAAAUGU